AUGUCACUCUCCGAGCAACCCCCUCCACAAGCAGAGGACGACUCUUCAACAAGCUAUGGUGAUGCGGGAUGGGACGAAGUCGAGCGAAUGGCACAAGCCAUGUCGGCUGAGGACGCCCAAGAAGCCGAUAAAUACCCCUCCUCCAAGACGAUCUCCCGCUGGAUGAACCUCUUCAAUUACUCUCACUUCGAGGCCGUGCAAUUGAUUUCCCAACAGCGGGGAGACCUUACCCGAGACCGCAUCUCUGAUGAACACUGGGAUCUUAUCAAGGAGGAACGUGAGGCAAUAGGGUACGACCGCGAGGCAUACGAACACAGCCUACAUCUUGGCGAGGUCCUCAAAUCGCAGAGCGCCACGAUCCACACUGCUGGCGAAAAUGGCGAGACUAUGACCAUGUUCCGUUUGGGUGGCUUGCUAGACACGGCUAAAAAGGUUCAGGAAGUGGCUGGACUGGAAACCACACCAAGCGUAGUCCAAGGAAUCAGUCAUAGGGGUCCCGCUGAAUUUUGUUGUGUUGACAAGGAUGCUUUCAAGAAUAUCGAAGCGUAUUUGGCCCAGCAGCUGAUUACAAGAAGGGAGCCGUGA